UAGUCCGCUGCUAAAAACGUGUCCGGAUGUAUUUGUAAGUUCUUCCUAAACGCAAAAAUCGUGCUAACUCGGUGUGUGCGGGUGUAGUACUUGACUACAAGCAUACCGUUGUACUUAAUAAAUAGAGGAACUAUUUUCCCCCAGUUCUCCCCAUGAAUGGAUUGCUUCGAAGAGGAUUUAGUUAACGCACUUAGAGAAAUUGUAAAGGGUAGUAAUUGGCAGUGUGUAGGAACAACAUGUAAUUUUAAAUCCCAAUGCACCAAACUUUAUUCGGAAGACGGAGAACACAUUGUUCUUGUACACGCCGAAAAUGAUGGAUACUGGGCGAUGGAUUCAUCGUGUCCUCAUGAAGGAGGACCACUUGACCUUGGUGAUAUUGAGGACUUGGGCAAUGGAAAACUGGCAUUAAUAUGUCCUUGGCAUCACUUCGACUUUUGCCUGGAAACAGGUGAAUCCUCCACUGGUCUUAAGAACCAAGUCUAUGAGGUCAGAGUGGUUCAAGGAAAGAUUUACAUAAACACACAAAAUGCCCUGUCACUUUGUCCCAUUCCAGAAAAAGACACAGUAUCAUUUGGCAGAUUGUUACCAGAUAAUGCAAAGUCCACUCCUUCUGAGGAUUCGCUCUGCUUCUGGGCAACAAAAAUCCUCCUUACCCCAGACCCCAAUGAGAAGGUCGCUUUGACGCAGGAAGUGCUGCAGCGGUGGAAUUCCGGCAAGAUCACGGACGUGGGCCAGGCAAUGCCACCAGCUCAGCCCAGCAGGAAGGACAGCCUUACUGUGCUGGAACCAGGGAAGAUCAAGCGGGGCAAAGGAGGCACAUUGGCCAGCCGGAUUGCCCUGUUGCACUCUUUGGCUAAUAUAGAGCAGUGGGCCAUCGACCUUUCCUGGGACAUAAUUGCCAGGUUCUCUUCCGUGACACUGAGCUCUGGGGAGCCUCUGCCCCGACAGUUCUUCAGUGACUUUGUCAAAGUGGCGGGAGAUGAGGCCAAGCAUUAUCACUUGCUGGAGAAACGGAUCACCGAGCUCGGCAGCUUUUUUGGUUCUUUACCUGUGCACAAUGGACUCUGGCAGUCUGCGACAGACACAUCCCAUGACCUUCUGGCCAGGCUGGCAAUUGUCCACAUGGUACACGAAGCCAGGGGUCUGGAUGUCCAUCCCCAGACGCUGUCCCGCUUCGCGGCGCAGGGUGACGCAAGCUCUGUGCAGGUCCUGGAGGUAAUCUACAGCGAUGAAAUCACUCACGUGGCUGCAGGGCUGAAAUGGUUCACAUACAUCUGCUCAAAGGAAGCACGGGAUUGUUUGUCAACGUUCCAUGAACUGGUGAAGCAGCACUUUAAAGGAUAUCUGAAGCCUCCCUUUAACACUGAGGGAAGAAGAACAGCAGGAAUGACAGAGGAGUGGUACGUGCCUCUGGUCAAGCCUAGCUGACUGAAGAUUUUUCCGCAGUCCAAGUCCAGGUUUUACAUGGACACGCAAUCUCAGAGACUUGUCUGUUCUGUAACACAACUGAUGAGUGUUACGAGCAUGAAACUGGUGUCAGUUGUAACUACAGUCUCGCAAACCAAAUUGAGAAAGGUUCUCACUCCCUGGAGUUCAGUGCAAAGGUCAAGGCAUUAUUAUUGAGAAUCUGCUUUAUUUAUUCUGAUCUUUGACUCAUCAUCACUGCAUUGUCAUGGACUGUAAAUUAGUUUGGAGGCCAACAGCAUCAUAUUCUAUAUGCCGCCAAUCUCAUCACAUUCAUGACCACUCAGCUGACUGUUAAAUCACAGAAAACCUCAGCACUUGCUAUAUUGCUGCUGAUAAUAUUAUGUUGUACAACAAAAGGAUUAAACUGUGAUGCCGUGAAACAGUUAGUGCAGUUUAUCGCAUCACCUCACUUGAUAUCCGAUGGACAGAUUUUCCAGAUCACCCCAUGGUAUGAAUGAGCUUCUCAGCCUUUGGUGAAUCCUCUCUCUACCUGUCCAGAUUUUGCCGUUGGGUGCUACUAUAUGUCUCAUGAGCGCGUCAUUGUCUUCUUAUCUCUGCAGUCGCUGUCCUUGGAGCUGUUAACAUUCCACAAUCCCUAGCCCUGCAAUGUGUGAAUCAUUAGAAUUACUACAUCUAUAUUUGGUAAUGAAAAGGAAAUAAAGGUAACUGUGUUUCCAGGAAAUCUCUGAAAUAAAAAGAUAAUCCCUUUUCAAAUGUUAAA